GGCCAAGAUACCCGUUGCGUCCGGUCGCGAGUCCUGUGUAUAUCCGUUUCUUCACCGCCCGCCACCAUGCACACCGCGCCACCCUCGCGCUGAUUUCCCGUCGCGGUUUGUUUACGAUCCUUGCCCUCGCUGGUCACCGGCUAAUGGCCUGCCGACCGCCCUCCAGGUCGGAGGAGUGAUCGGUGCGUAUUCGGGGGAUGGCGCACUUCAUCGUUGCGCCGGCGCUGUCCUCGGGGCACGGGCAUGGUUCCGUCUCCUCAACGGCGGCUUCGAUCGUGCCCCCGGUCUCCGGGAUCACCACGGCCCCGCCGGUCGCCGAGCCCGUCCUCGUCCAGCUCAAACCCAAGCCCCAGCCGCCCACCUUCAUCGAUCUCCAGAACAAGAACACCGUCAGCAAGCCCCUUCACAAGGAGCCGGAUGGGAACACAUCUUUCUUACGGGCGGCCAGGGGUGGUCACUUAGACAAAGUCCUAGAUCACCUGAAGAAUAAUGUGGAUAUAAAUACAGCAAACUCUAAUGGACUAAAUGCUCUACACUUAGCAUCCAAAGAUGGUCAUAUACACGUAGUUGAAGAAUUGAUCAAAAGAGGUGCCAAUUUAGAUGCAGCAACAAAAAAGGGCAACACUGCCCUCCACAUAGCUUCCCUAGCUGGUCAAGAAGAAGUAGUCAAAUUAUUAGUUCAACAUGGUGCUUCUGUCAAUGUACAAAGUCAAAAUGGAUUCACACCACUCUACAUGGCUGCUCAAGAAAACCAUGAUAGUGUUGUCAAGUUUCUUCUUGCAAAUGGAGCUAAUCAGAGCCUUGCAACAGAGGAUGGGUUCACUCCGUUGGCUGUGGCAAUGCAACAAGGUCAUGAUAAAGUCGUAGCAGUUUUACUUGAAAAUGACACGCGCGGGAAAGUGAGAUUACCCGCACUUCACAUAGCAGCCAAAAAAGACGACUGCAAGGCUGCAGCCUUACUAUUACAGAACGAGCACAAUCCGGAUGUAACGUCCAAAAGUGGUUUUACGCCUCUUCACAUUUCCGCUCAUUAUGGCAAUGAGGCUAUUGCUAAUUUGCUUCUCAGUAAAGGUGCCAAUGUAAAUUAUUCCGCAAAGCAUAAUAUCACACCCUUACAUGUAGCAGCCAAAUGGGGGCGAGCAAACAUGGUGGCUUUACUCCUGGAAAAAGGGGCUAAUAUUGAAUCAAAAACACGAGAUGGUCUCACCCCAUUGCACUGCGCUGCAAGAUCUGGUCAUGAACAGGUUGUUGACAUGCUACUAGAGCGAGGUGCGCCCAUCAGUUCCAAAACAAAGAAUGGUCUUUCACCUCUACACAUGUCAGCGCAAGGUGAUUUCGUAGAUGCAGCACGGAUUCUCUUGUACCAUAGAGCUCCGGUAGAUGAUGUAACGGUCGACUACUUAACAGCUUUACAUGUCGCUGCCCAUUGUGGAAAUGUCAGAGUGGCUAAACUACUUCUGGAUAGGAAAGCAGAUCCCAAUGCGCGAGCUCUCAAUGGAUUCACCCCAUUGCACAUAGCUUGCAAGAAGAAUCAUAUUAAGGUCGUCGAAUUACUUUUGAAACAAGGUGCCUCAAUUGAGGUCACAACUGAGUCCGGCCUAACUCCAUUACAUGUAGCAAGUUUCAUGGGCGCAAUGAACAUAGUAAUUUUCCUGUUGCAAAAUGGUGCUAAUCCAGAUAUUCCAACGGUGCGUGGAGAGACACCUCUUCACCUUGCCGCUCGAGCAAAUCAGACUGAUAUCAUUAGAAUUUUAUUAAGGAAUAAUGCUCAAGUAGAUGCCAGAGCAAGGGAACAACAAACUCCUUUGCACAUUGCAUCUCGCUUAGGGAAUGUUGAUAUUGUGAUGUUGCUUCUCCAGCAUGGAGCCCAAGUAGAUUCUACAACCAAAGACCUGUACUCAGCGCUGCACAUCGCCGCAAAGGAAGGCCAAGACGAGGUUGCAUCAAUUUUAUUGGAUAACGGUGCCUCUUUGAACUGCACUACGAAAAAAGGUUUCACGCCAUCUCAUCUUGCAGCCAAACAUGGACACAUGAAAGUAGCAAGUCUUUUACUUCAGAAAGAUGCCCCAGUAGAUGCUCAGGGAAAGAAUGGUGUGACACCAUUGCAUGUAGCCAGCCAUUAUGAUCAUCAAAAUGUCGCAUUACUUCUUCUGGACAAAGGAGCUUCUCCUCACGCUACAGCCAAGAAUGGCCACACUCCCAUCCAUAUUGCAGCUCGCAAAAAUCAGAUGGAUAUUGCCACCACUUUAUUAGAAUAUGGAGCGAAAGCUGAUGUAGAAUCCAAGGCUGGAUUCACGCCACUCCAUCUGAGCUCUCAAGAAGGUCACUCUGAUAUGUCCAGUCUUCUCAUAGAGCAUCAUGCUGACGUCAAUCAUAAAGCCAAAAACGGCCUAACCCCACUUCAUCUCUGCGCUCAAGAAGACAAAGUCAAUGUCGCUUCGAUUUUAAUCAAAAAUGGAGCUGAAGUCAAUGCUAUCACGAAGACUGGAUUUACCCCUCUGCACGUGGCGAGCCAUUUUGGACAAUUGAACAUGGUUCGACUCCUACUGGCACAUGAUGCGGACCCGAAAAUAACAACAAACCUCGGUUACUCCCCGUUGCAUCAAGCGGCACAGCAAGGCCACUCUACUAUCGUAGCUAUUCUCCUUGACAAUGGAGCUUCACCUAAUAUUGUGAAUCAUCAAGGACAAACAGCAUUAUCAAUCGCUCGAAAACUGGGAUAUAUAAGCGUUGUGGAAGUUUUGAAGAAAGUGACUGAUGCCCCAGACAAUCAGAUACAGAUCACAGCGACUGACGAGAAGUACAAAGUGGUCUCGCCAGAGACAAUGCAAGAGAACUUCCUAUCUGAUUCCGAAGAUGAAGGAGGUGACACUUUUGGCAUGAGUGGACGCCAGCCUUUUGCUCCUUUUGCCCAGCACAUAUAUUUACCCUAUUUUCAGGGAGAUAUCCUUAUCACACGUGAAGAUACAAUCCUCAAUGAACAGCCUUACCGAUACCUGACCGUUGAUGAGAUGAAGAGUCUUGGAGACGAUUCGCUGCCUAUCGACGUCACGCGGGAUGAGCGGUUCGACUCCAACCUCAUGAUGGCGCCUCCUACAGCUAUGGACGAUUCAAUCAGUCCACAACACUCAUACAACCAAAUGUCUGCGCCAAUCGACAAUAUUGACAUCAAACACCAGCCAAACAUCGGGAAGCUACAUUGGAGGAAUUUCCUUGUAAGUUUCCUUGUUGACGCAAGAGGGGGUGCAAUGCGUGGAUGUCGCCAUAGUGGUGUGCGAGUCAUCGUCCCACCGCGAUGUGCAUCCAUGCCAACAAGAGUGACGUGCCGCUAUCUUCGCCGAGACAAGCUAUCCCAUCCUCCGCCAUUAAUGGAGGGAGAAGCCCUCGCCAGCCGCAUCUUGGAACUAGGACCAAUUGGUGCAAAAUUCCUAGGACCAGUAAUGCUUGAAGUGCCUCAUUUUGGUUCGUUGAGGGGAUCUGAACGUGAAAUAGUCAUUCUCCGUUCUGAUAAUGGUGAAACGUGGCGUGAGCAUACGAUUGAUAACUGCGAUGACAUAAUUCAGGAAGUUCUAAGUCACAGUUUUGAAAAAGAAGAACAAACCCAACACGAUGAUACCACACGCCUUACGCGAAUCGUUACAACUGAAUUCCCCCACUAUUUCGCUGUUGUGUCCCGCAUUCGUCAAGAAGUGCAUGCCAUUGGUCCAGAAGGGGGCAUGGUUUCAUCCAGUGUCGUAUCGCAAGUGCAGGCUGUUUUCCCAGAGGGUGCGCUGACGAAGAAAAUCAAAGUUGGACUUCAGGUAAAUCUAUUUAAACCCCGGAAAAAUGCCACCCAGUCGUCUUUAAAAAAGAUCACUGUUAAUCACAUUCCAAAGAAAAAGCGUUUUUCGCUCAUUUGGUAAAAAUGUCCCUGUACAAUGUUGAGAACUUGUCUUUUGUUUUCAUCUCUUGAAUGAAGGAUCUAAGUCUUCAAACAGCUUUCCAUACCCUUUCUUGUUUCCUUCUUCAUAUGAAAAGUGAAUUUUGCCCAUAACGUGUAGCAACUGAAAAUUGAUUAAUUCUGGUGCAUUCAUAACCAUCCCACAAUAGUGGUUUUCAUACAAGUUUUUCUCAUCAAUUUUUCACCAAGUAAUGUAUUGUAGUAUUGCCAUUAUCAUCAGAAGCAACUAAUUAUUAUAUCCGCAAAGAACUGAAAAUAUUCCCUGUUAAUUCCAAAAAACUUAUUUAGCCUCUCUACCGAGGAUAAUUUUAACCAGUGUGCUCUGGUUUUAGCAUCGAAUUGUUUCUAUUAAUUUCAUUUGUGAGUAUAGCAUCAGUUUUAAAAGAUCCAUCUGUCAAACCAAGGCAUACUUUAAGUAAGUAAAUAAUUUAAUAGAAAUAAAAUGAGAUAUUUUACACAAUUAAUGUUUUCAUGGGGGUUAUUAAACUUCAGUGAAAAUUCAUGCCUUUGUUUUGGACAAGUCUCCUCGAACUAAGCAGAUUUCUCAUGACCUUUAUUGGGUGAAGUUACCAGUAGCAUUACUUAAAAUAUUUUUCCAUCUUCAAUUGCAUCAAUUGCAUCCGCAAUGGAAUUAGUGUGAAAAUUUGUUUCCAAUGUGUUCAAAGAAAGGCAAAUUUUGCAUUUCGCUUAGCACCGUUUAAAAAAUGUAUCCAUCUAUUAGUUUAUCUUCAUCUUCCAAUCACUCUUUGGCCAAACCACACAGAUUGGACGUUUCUUUGCAUUUAGUUUUAUUAGGUCGCUGUGAGAAUUUUCAUUUAUUCCAAACAAUAGAUCAUUUUAAGGUAAAAAAAAAAGUCAAAUCAGGUAGAAUUCAGUAGAUUGAGCGGCAUUACAUUAAGCGGCACUAAAUCUAUUUUACCUUGCUGAACAACAUCUUUUUUAUGCUCUUUUUCAACAGUGUUACUCUAGGGAAAUGCCACUUAAAGUACAUUUAAGUGGGCUUUGUGUGAAUAUCUAGAGUUUGGAAUCGAUUAUGUUGUCUUGUAUUAGAGGAAAAUGUGUUCAAGUCUUCUUCCAUUAUACUGUUGUGUUCUUUUCAAAUCUUUUUCAACGUGUAUAUUUUUUAUUUGACGUUUUCUAAAGUCAGUUUCGUUUUGCCGGAACAAAUCUGUUUAUUGAUCUCUGUUGCCACACUAUGCACGCAAUUGCGCUGUUCUGUGACAGUGUCAAAGACGCAUGUUUCUUCAAUGUUUUAAGUUUUUAGAGCUCUUGUUUUAACAAGACCCAUCAGGUUUUCUUCUUAUGAACUGAAUACAAUGUGAGAAUUUUCAAUAAUCCAUUUUCGAUUUUGAGACUCAAGGCUUUUUGAUGUAAUUUCAAUUCUGCUGUAUAGGAAACUCAAUGGAUCCAAUUUUUCUAAAGGCCUCUUUGUAAACUGGAACCAAUAGACUUUUAGGUUUCUACAGGAACUUAAAUUCACAUGUUAAUUUAAGUCUUGGCUUUUAAGCCAGUGUUUGUCAAUGUUUCAUACAUUUUUCCUCAGAAGAAUCCAAAAAUUUUCCACACAAGAAUAGAUGGCCUCUUUAAGAGGCAUAUUCUGAUAGCUUUUACUUGAAUUCACCAUGAGAAACCAGACGAGAUGUUUGAGGAACUUUUUAUCUCUUGAUUGCCAUCUCCUUUAAAAAUUUUGCAUGUCUAUCAUUAUUUUCAAGGUUACAUUAUUUCAGUUAAAUCUCGGUAUUUAAGAUAGCCCUAUCUUGGACUGGUCUCUUUGAUCUGCUGUCGUUAUCUGUCUUUAGACUCUGCCUGCAUUGCAUGCAUGAGUAGUUUUUCUGCUACCUCCAAUUUUCAUUUUUAUUUCAAGCCUCUUUUUUUUUUUUUUUUUUUUUUUUUUUUUUUUAAAUUGUUUCCUUUUUUUUAUUUUUUCCUUCUUUGCAUGAUCUGUUUUGCCAAUAACUCAAGCUAUAACCUUCCACAAUGAAUGCAUUAUUUAACACACAGUCUGUGAACAAUUGAAGCCUGUUCUCUCAAAAACCAUAUGAAAAGUAAACAAUGUAAAUAAAUUUUUAUUAUUUUCUUAUUACUGAUUGGAUUGAAGAUUUUCUUCUAUUUUCAAGGUUAAAUUUCAGAAAGAGCUUCUCCUGGAAAAUGACAGAGGUCCAGAGGGGUUAUCUAAUCCUAUUUUAGCAUCCAAAA